AUGAAGAAACGUCAAGUGGUGGUGAAGAAAGAUUGCUCAGGGAGAAGCUCAUCAUCUAGUACAUCAUCUUCAGUGGUUAGAACUGUACGGUACGCCGAGUGCCAAAAGAAUCAUGCUGCAAACAUUGGAGGGUAUGCUGUGGAUGGGUGCAGAGAGUUCAUGGCAAGCGGCGAGGAGGGGACGAAUGGCGCGCUUAUGUGCGCCGCCUGCGGCUGCCACCGGAAUUUCCACAGAAGGGAAGUGGAAACCGAGGUAGUUUGUGAAUACUCUCCACCUACUUCCAAUCCUUGA